AUGAAAGUGAACGAAGAUGCCAUCAAGCCGGUCGGUCUCACGCUCCUGUACGAGCCAGACUGGCCCAUAGACCCGGCGGUUGACGUUGUCCUUGUCCAUGGCAUUGGCGGCCAUCCCGUCCGGUCGUGGAAGUGCCAGAGCCAAGAGCAGGCCCUCGCCGCUACUCAGACCACAGUAUCUCAUCCUGGCAUCAAGAGGAGGUUGACAAAGCGCCAGCCGACAGCACUGCUCCGACGGUCGAACUCCGAGCCCCUGCUUCCUAGAGACCAGCGGGCCGGGAGCAGUGCAAGAACACCGCUCGGGAACCUCUCGGCCAAGUCCGCGUCCCGACUCAACCUCGAUAUCUCCGCCGAACCCACUCGGCAAGGCUCCCUGAGCAGGUCGAGGAGCCUCCUACGAAAGAUUUCGGUCAAGUCGGCGUCGAGGUUGAAGCUAGCGGUGCUCGCAGAGCCAGCUGGCCAACGCCAUCUACAGGAUGGUGCAUACUGGCCGCUUGACUUCUUCCCCGCGUCAUGUCCGAACGCCAGGCUGUUCACCUGGGGCUACCACACGCUCGUGACCGGCACGAAGCCUCUCCCGCUGCAGGCCGAUAUUUUUUCCCACGCCAAGGAGCUGCUGCUGCUGCGCCUCUCCGAGGCCGAACACGACGGGCCCCUGAAAGAGAUCCUGCUCUCAACCUCGGCUGUCAUCUUCCUCGGCAGUCCCCACCGCGGCACGGAGCACUGCAAGCUGGGCGACGCGAUCAGGAGCAUGGCCAGCGUCACAUUGCCUGGCGACCCCGACGACCCUGCGCUGCAGGAACUGUGCGGCGCGAACAGCGUCGCGGUAGAGCUAGGCCGACAGGCAUUUGUGCGGCUGUGGAAUGAGUACAACUUCAAGGUCAAGACGUUCCAGGAGUCGGUUAUUCCGAGCUACCAGCACCCGGAGAUCAGGGCGGAAACCACAAUUCGGCGUCUUGCGAGCUUCAUUGGCGACCCAAGGGAAGACGCAGAGACCAUCUACGCGUUACAUGCCGACAUAUGCAGGUUCGGCUCAGCUGAGGAUGCAGGCUAUCGUGCGUUGAUGAAAACCCUGACUGCGAUCAUAUGCAAGGAAGAAGAUGCGCGCCACGUUCUGAAUACCAAGGAGACUGAAUGCCUCUCCGUGCUCGUUCAGCCGCAGCCCGCGCUCCCUGAGACUCACCCGGCCACUUCGUACCCGGGAACAUGCCUGUGGCUGUAUGACCUGCACGACUUCAAGGCGUGGCACCACCGCGACGGCCCAAACAAGCAUAAGAUCCUCUGGAUCAGGGGAGAGUCCGGCUGUGGCAAAACGAUCUUGCUGAGGUCGCUUCGCAGAAGACUCGAGAGGCAAUGGGGUCCAGCCGGCGCCGCCUUCAUCUGGUGCGCCGCUCAGGCCUGCAAUGGCACCGACGUCCCCCUUGCCGGCCAUUACCACGUUAGCCCCGCCGGCGUCUACCGCGACCUGCUUGCACAACUCUUCUUGCUAGACCCCCGUCUCCGAAAGGCGCUCCUCGCGCUGUACAACCAGCCGCGAAGCGACCCGCGGACCUUUGACGAUGCACAGGUGGUCUCCUUCUUUGCCGACUAUUACGUCAACCAAAAAAUCGAGACGCCAGUCAGAAGGACCUUCAUUAUUGUCGAGAUUGCCGACGAGGCUUGCCCAGCUUACGUGAACGAGCUGCUCAACCGGCUGUCACGUCUCGCUCGCAAUUCGGACUUCAGCAUCUGCGUCGCAAGCGGCUACCGCCAGGAGAUCAUUGAGGAGGAGAACCUGAUAAGCAUUCCCAUGCACCUGCGCAACACUGAUGAUAUCUUGCGAUAUGUUAAUCUCAACCUGCUGGCCGAGUGGGAGGAGAGAGACAGCGCGGUCAUGACCAUCGGACGGAAGGCAAGGGGUGUCUUCCUCUGGGCGGAGAUCAUGGUGAACAUCCUGAACGCGGCCAUAAUCGAAGGGGCGACUCAGGAGAUGAUCGAAUACACGCUGGAUGAGGUCCCCGACGAUCUUCAUGGCCUGUACGAGUGGAUGCUGUCGACGCUCAACGACCGGGAAAGAGCCGAGUCGCUGCUCCUCUUCCAAUGGGUUAUGCUCGCCGCAGAGCCGAUGCGGCUGAACGACUUAUUUCUCGCCGUCAGGCUGACGGAUGCCGAUCCGUUCGCCCUGUACAGAAAGCAUGGCCCGCUCAUGGCCCUAGACAUCGGCAUGCCGCUUUCGAUGCGCGAGCUCCGCCAGCUUCGCAACUCCGAGAUCAACUCCGACACCCCCGACCAGUUCCACCGCUUCCUCCGCGCCCGCUCCAUCGGCCUGCUCGAGCUCAAAUCCGACAGCCACCAGUCCGCCGCCAACGAGCCGCUCGGCUUGCAGCGCGUGCAGCCCAUCCACAGCUCGGUCCGCACCUUCUUCCUCUCCGGCCGGGGCUUCGCCUGCCUCGCCGCCGGCAACCCGUCCAUCCCGGCAAACCUCCCUGUCACCGACUUCAUUGAUAUCACCCACUACGCCAUGCUCCGCGCCUGCCUGACCUACCUCAAUAUGCGGGACUUUGAAUCCCUCGGCCACGGCGCCAGCCGCCGCCGCAAGCCGACCUCCUCCCAGGCUUUGUUUCCCCUCAGCCCGCUCAAACCCACGGCCACAACACCACCAUCCCUGAGCCCCCUCCAACAACAACAACCCCGCUGGCACCCUCACCACCCCCAGCUUAUUUCCUACUCCUCAUCAAGAACAACAACAACAAUUAGCAGCAACCCCACCGCCUCCACGCACCACCAACGCCACCUCAUCCUGACCUCGUACCCCUUCCUCCCCUACGCCGUCACCCACCUGCUCUUCCACCUGCUCUCGCCGACCCGGUUCCGGUACUUCUUCCCGCAGCGGGCGCUGCUCGCCGCGCUGGCCGCCGACGGCUUCCGCCUGUGGAAGCGCUGGACCUCGCUGCUGGGCGCGGCCGACCCGGACGCCAUCGUCGCGAUGCACGCCGCGCCCGGCGCCCGCGCCGCCCCGCUGCUGAGUCCCGUGUUCGGCGCCAGGUUUCGGCUCGAGAGGGUGCUGAGGAAGUUGGCGCGGUUGGCGAACACAAGGGUUUCUGCCGUUGUCCUUCACUUCCCUGGCUCGCCAGCCUGCAACCGCUGCUCGCCGGCCGCCCCCAUGUACGCAGCCCGCAGUCAUGUGCGCACGACACUGCUCCAUGCGCCAUGCGCCCGGCGCUGCCUCGUUGCGCAGCAGGCCCGGCGCACACUGGCCGCAGCAGCAACCUCAGCAGCCUCAGCAGCCACCGACGUCGGCACGGCGCACAACGCCAUAGCCCAGCAGCUGCGCGACACCGGCGUCUGGGCCUAUUUGCGCGGUCGCCGGCGCGGGAAGAACACGGACAAGUACCGCGUCAACGUCGUCAGCGAAGAGCUGUGCGAUGACAUUCUCAACUACAUCAAGCCGACCAUGGCCCGCCACGAGGGCUGCGACAUCCUCGACAUCUUCCCCGGCGUGGGCGUGUGGAGCAGGAAGCUGAAUGACCUGCUUAAGCCGCGCUCGCACCUGCUGCUCGAACCCGACGAAGAGUACUAUCGACCGUUCCUCCAGCCGCUGCUGGAGCGGCCGGGCACGCAGCUGCUGCCCGAAUCGGGCAUCGUCUGGGAGCAGCUCAACAAGAUCCUCAACCCGACGUACCUGCCGCACCAGGUCGAGAGGAGAUACAGCGCCGACGAGACGCCCGAGCGCAACGACACGCUGCUGGUCACCAUGAACCUGUCCAUGCACCCGAAGCGCAAGUUCCGCAGCUUCGACAGCCUCGCCCAGCUUGUUCUGUUCCAAGUCAUCGCGUCGAUCCGCCCGGCCUCGCUAUUCCAUAAAUAUGGCCUGGUGCGCAUGCUCCUCUGGAUUCCCGACCAGGAGAAGGGCGCAAUCAUGCCGCGCACCGUGCAGCGGAGAAAGAAGAUGGCCAUCGAGGCCGAGAUAUCCACCGACUACGUGUGUGAGGUUGCCGGCGCCGAGGUUGUCGAUUCCGGGUCCGGAAGGGGGCAGUGGUACCGCCGCGACUCCGGGAUGGACUUGUACAGCACGGCCCAAACACUCGAACGGAUGCGCCGAGGCGGAUUCGUCAUGCCCCCGGGACGCGAGCCGGAGCAUCUGCUGGAAUUUUUGAAGCAAAACGGCGCCGUUCCCAGCGACGAUGAACUUGCAUACGGGCAAGAACGAGCCGCGUACACCGCCGAGCUACACGAGCUCGAAACCGCGCAGGCCGAAGGCAGACUCCAACAAGGCUCCGCCGCCUACGCGCGGCUCAAGGCCCUCCAGUACUGGGUCAAGUGGAGCGUCAAGCGCACCGGCAAGAUCGGCAACAUCCUCCGGGAGCGCCACGAAAUCGUGCAGGCGUUCGUCAACGCCGGAUCGGACCAGGCGCUCCUCGAGCGCGCGGCCAAGAUGGGCGAGGACUGGUGCAAGAAGGUCGACUCGCUCGACCGGAGCAUGCGCGCCGACGUGCUGCUGCAGCGCGACAACAUGCACAUCCUGUACCAGGACCCGCCGGUGAUGAACUGGGACCGGCGCUACGUGGAGCCGCUGCGGGUGCGCGCGCACGAGUUCUACCCGGCCGUGCCCAGCGCGCUGCUCGACAUCCAGCCCAAGGCGGCCGCGCGCGUGCUGCGCGACAUCGGGCCCCGCUCGACCCGCGGCGGCGACACCUUCGACCUCGUGCUGCGCAGCCUCAGCCAGCGCGGCUCCGAGCCCAUCACCAAGGCCCUCAACACCAUCUUCCCCGGCGCCGGCGACGGCGUCUUCCCCUACUGCCCCAGCCUGGCCGACCCCGCCGCCGGCGGCUCGCCCAUCCGCGACGUCGGCGAGGUCACCACCCGCAGCAUGAACGAGCGCCAGUUCGUCGAGAUCGCCGAGCGCUGGAUGCAGUGGCCCUUCCGCCCGACCUACGCGGAGCUGGUGUCGCGCACGGUCGAGGACUUCUCCGACGACAUCGAGGAGAGCCCGAGCGGUAAUAGUAUGUCGCCCAACGUCGAUUGA